UUCGGCUUUGCACCUCUCUGGGGGAAAGGCUGCUGUGCUGUGCUGUACCAUCGCCAUGUCUUUUCGCUUUUCUGGGGGAUCCAGGGUCUGUUCUCGAGCUGGGUCCGUCAGACUGUCCAGGGGAGGAGCAGGCUUUGUGGCUGGGAAUGUGUGUGUUGGCCCUGGAGCUGAGAGCAGCUUUUCUUGCACCCUUGGGGGCAUCUCCUCCGGAGGAAGCUUUGCCAGUGAGGGGUCAGGUAGAGGAAAUAGCGUCGGCUUCCUUAACAAUGAGCCUGGACUCUUCUCUGGGAAUGAGAAGGUGGCCAUGCAGAACCUCAAUGACCGUCUGGCAUUGUACCUGAACCACGUGAGCGCCCUGGAGGAGGCCAACACUGACCUGGAGAAGAAGAUCGAGGGCUGGUAUGAGAAGUGUGGGCCUGGCCGUGGCCGUAGACUUGACCAGGACUGCAGCCGGUAUUUUCCAGUCAUUGAGGAUUUGAAACGACAGAUCCUGUCUAUGACCACCUGCAAUGCCAACCUUGUCCUUCAAAACGACAAUGCCAGACUCACAGCUGACGACUUCAAGAUGAAGUAUGAAAAUGAGUUGGCUCUGCACCAAAGUGUUGACGCUGACACCAACGGUCUUCGCAGAGUGUUGGAGGAACUGACACUGUCUGCAACCGACUUGGAAAUACAACGUGAGGCUCUGAGCGAGGAGCUGACGUACCUCCAAAAGAACCAUGAGGAGGAAAUGGGAGUUCUGCAAAAUGCAUCAGGAGGGAACAUCAAUGUGGAGAUGAACGCGGCCCCCGGCGUGGAUCUAACAGCCAUGUUGAACAACAUGAGGGCCGAGUAUGAAGAUUUGGCUGAGCAGAACCGGAAAGAUGCAGAGGCCAGCUUUAAAGAGACGAGUGCAUCGCUGCAGCAACAGAUUUCAGACGACGCAGGCGCGGCCACGGUGGCCAGAAACGAGUUAAUGGAACUGAAACGCAGUCUGCAGACUCUGGAGAUAGAACUUCAAUCCAUCACAGCUAUGAAACAAUCCUAUGAAAAUUCACUGGCUGAGACCGAAGGGAAUUACUAUGCUCAACUCCAGCAAAUUCAGGAGCAGAUUGGGGCGCGAGAGGAGCAGCUGCAGCAGCUCCGGACGGAGAUGGAAGGCCAGAAGCUGGAGCACGAGCAGCUGCUAGGCAUCAAAACGUGUUUAGAGAAGGAAAUUGACACAUACUGCAACUUACUAGAUGGAGAGGAACAGAGAAAUGAAUCCACAAGUUACAAACCAAAGGAUGGCAAGCCUGCAAAUGAAUUCAACGACUCAACAGAAGAAACAUUCGCCAGAACAGUGGCUGAAGAACUAGACCAACUUGGCAGCCUCCUCUCACUGAGAGUGCACUCGGUCGAAGAGAAAUCCUCUAAGAUCAGCAAUAUCACCAUGGAGCAGCGGGUGCCUUCCAAAGCCCCAUGAUGAUGGGAGGUCACUCAUCAAACAAAAAGCUGCCUCUGCAAAAACCCUUUAGUCAAGAAAAUCAUUCAUGCCUGUUCCUACGAGUCAGACAACUAGACUCAAGUUUCCUUUUCUUCUUCCUCUUCUCACACUGUCAUGGGCAACGCAGACGAAGACACCAGGACCUUUGGCUUUGACAGAGAAAGGAAUUUCAUGGACAGACAACGUGAAGCAGAGUUGGAGGAUUACUAAAAAGCCAUUUUUAACUUAGAGCUAAGUCACAGGGGUCAAUAGAGAGGGACAGGGGUGAGAUGAUACCCAAGCAGCAGUGUGAACUUCUCCCGAGAAAGUCACACUUAGGUGUCUUUAUCAAAGGUCUAUGUAGAAUUUUGGUUCCUCUUAAGUUAUAUCUCAAAAGGUUACAGGAAAUGGCCUCCUCGUUUCUUUAACAUUGCUCCGAAGGGUGUGGCUUAGAAGAAGGCUUAAACUUAAAAAUAAUUUCCUUCAGUAAACAAGGUUGUGAGAGAGAUCGAAGGAGGUGUUGUUUUAGAUGUAGAAGAAAGGACUGUCAGAAACUCAGGGUGAUGCAUCAUGCUGGUCCUGAGGAAGCACGAUUUAGCUUGACGGGUGUCUCUGGAGAAGGUUGUGUACUGUGUCUGUUGUGUACUGUGUCUCGGGCCAUUUGGGCUUCAUGAGCAUUUCUGAUGGAAUUUACGAUGUUUCUGGCCUUUCUUGGGAGAAGAAUCAGGUCAGACUCUGGGAUGGAAGGCAUAAUGCUUUUCAUCCUUUUCUUUCCGUGUCACCAUAAAGUUCCUAUCUGUCUACCCAGCCCAGUGCUUUGGUAAGCCUUUCCAAGAAAUGGGACGACCUCCGUAGCUUUUGGUUUUAUUUCAUGAACCUUUGGCCAUUUCAUAAAGGGCUCUUCUGCUGCUAAUUAGUUUUAAAUGUCUGCUUCUUUUCCAUUUCUGCAGCUGAUCCCCAUAUGAUUAUCCCAAGGAUACCAUAAGUAACACUAUGCCUUACCGACAAGUCACAGGUGCCUCAAUAACAAUAAGAAGGACACUAGUCCUAACCUCGGGUCCUAAAUCCCAGUUUGCUGUGUAAAUGACCUGUUUGGUCUUCUAUGGAUAUAGAAGUUAAUGUAUCCAUG